AUGGCAGGCUUAGACUUACAGCUGAGGAGAAAGCUAUACGAACACGGUGUCGAAUCUUUCAAGCAAGCUGUUAAUACUGCAGUUCGCAUAGAACAAGCAACACUUUUGGGUCAGCCUGAUAGUACUCAGAUUCAAGUAGCUGCUACAUCCAAGUCUGAGAACUCAAACGAUGCACUCAUGCAGCGUAUUGCCUCCUUAGAGGAAAAGAUUGAAACACUCACAAUGUCAGGUCGCUCAAGAUCUCCUUCCUCCUUCGAGAAAAGACCACAUGACAGAAAUUAUCAUCGGUCACCAUACUCAAGUCCAAAUAGGUACUCACGUGUUGAUGAUAGAUCAUACCAUCGUCGGUCAGCAUACUCAAGUCCGGCUAGAUACUCCCGUCGUGAUGAUAGGCAAUAUCAUCGUCAUCGUUCACCCUCAUCUAGUCCGACAAGACAUGGGUACUACCACGAUAAGCAUACUUACCAGCAAGAGAGAUCACGUCACAGAUCAUAUCCUCAUUCUUAUCGUGAUUCCUCCCUUCAUCGAUCAGACUCGCCUAGAAGGAAUUUCUCGUCGCCCUCAUCUAGUCCGACAAGAUACUUGUCGCACUCACAGUCAUCCUCCUUCAGACCAGAUAUGCCGAGAAGACGUUCCCCUACUCCGCCCAGAAGGCAACGGAAUGUUCGCUUCAACGACCAAGCUGAUAGAACUUACCAGGGAAACUACCAUUAG